AGUCUUGAUUGUACAUUCAGCUGUGAAAUAAGUUUUACUUUAUUGCGUCUACAUAUUAAAUAUUUUGUUUAUUUGAAUUAUCUGCCUGCCCAAUGAAAUUCUGGCUGAAGUGAAUAGUAAAAUAAUAAAAAAUAUAUACGAGAACAAGUAUUUUUGUAACAUUAGAAAAAUGAGUGACCUCUUCUUGAGCCCGGAACAUGUUCUCCAAGGGGGCUACUUUCAUGCCACCUUGAGAAAACUUCAAGAACCCAAUACAAGCAUUGAGUCGCAUAACAUAAUGUAUCCGGUUUUCUUACUGGAAGACAAAGAUGCCAUGCAAGCUGUAUCUAGUAUGCCAAAUGUGUACAGAUAUGGUAUCAACAAAUUGAUACCAGCUUUAACAGAAUUGGUUGAUAGGGGUCUUCAAUCAAUUCUUAUAUUUGGUAUUGUUGAAACUUUACCCAAGGACCCAACAGGCUCCAGUGCUGACUGUCCAGAAAACCCAGUUAUUAAAGCUUUGCCAUUAAUUAAAGCAGCAUUGCCAAACCUUGUGAUUGCAUGUGAUGUGUGCUUAUGUCCAUAUACAUCCCAUGGGCAUUGUGGCAUAUUGACAAAUGGCGCAAUAGACCACCCUGAAUCAGUCAAAAGAAUUGCUGAAGUGGCUCUAGCCUAUGCCAAAGCAGGAGCUCACAUAGUAGCCCCCUCGGAUAUGAUGGACAACAGAAUUAAAGCAAUAAAAGACGAGCUAUUUGAGAAUAAGUUGCAGAAUCAGGUGUCAGUAUUAUCGUAUUCAUGCAAGUUCGCUUCAUCCAUGUAUGGUCCAUUCAGAGAUACCAUGAAGAGUUCACCUAUGGCCGGUGACAGAAAGUGUUAUCAGUUGCCACCAGGCAGUUCUGGACUCGCUGCUAGGGCCGCGGCACGUGACGUUGCCGAAGGAGCAGACUUCUUGAUGGUAAAACCUGGUCUUCCGUACCUCGACAUCGUGCGACAGACAAAAGAUCGUUACCCCAAUCAUCCUCUCUUUAUAUACCAGGUGUCUGGAGAGUAUGCUAUGAUAUCCAAAAGUGGUGAGGGAAGUGAAAUGGAGGCUGUUCUUAUGGAGACACUGCUGUGUAUGCGCAGAGCGGCGCUAGCUUGCGUCCUGGCGGUCUACGCCGAGGAGAAGAAGGAAAAAGACAAGGAUAUUGGGACUGUCAUUGGUAUUGACUUGGGUACCACAUAUUCAUGUGUUGGCGUUUACAAGAAUGGUAGAGUUGAAAUUAUAGCCAACGACCAGGGUAACCGUAUCACUCCUUCAUAUGUAGCCUUCACUGCUGAUGGUGAACGUCUUAUUGGAGAUGCCGCCAAGAACCAGCUGACUACAAAUCCUGAAAAUACAGUAUUUGAUGCUAAGCGUCUUAUUGGUCGUGAAUGGACAGAUUCCACUGUCCAACAUGAUGUCAAAUUCUUCCCCUUCAAGGUAGUUGAAAAGAACACCAAACCUCAUGUGGCUGUGAAAACUGCUCAAGGAGACAAGGUGUUUGCACCUGAAGAAAUCUCUGCUAUGGUGCUUACUAAGAUGAAGGAAACUGCUGAAGCUUAUCUUGGCAAGAAGGUUACCCACGCUGUGGUUACUGUACCCGCCUACUUCAACGACGCUCAACGUCAAGCUACAAAAGACGCUGGAGUAAUUGCUGGUCUAAAUGUCAUGAGAAUAAUUAACGAGCCUACAGCUGCUGCAAUUGCCUAUGGUCUCGACAAGAAAGACGGAGAAAAGAAUGUGCUUGUGUUUGAUUUAGGUGGUGGUACAUUUGAUGUCUCACUUCUGACCAUUGACAACGGCGUGUUUGAAGUAGUUGCAACCAAUGGUGACACUCACUUGGGAGGUGAAGACUUUGACCAGAGAGUUAUGGAACACUUCAUCAAACUGUACAAAAAGAAGAAGGGCAAGGACAUCAGAAAAGAUAACCGUGCCGUACAAAAACUCCGUCGUGAAGUUGAAAAGGCAAAGAGGGCUCUGUCAUCCAGUCACCAAGUAAAGAUUGAAAUUGAAUCCUUCUUCGAAGGAGACGAUUUCUCUGAAACCCUAACUAGAGCUAAGUUUGAAGAAUUAAAUAUGGACCUGUUCAGAUCUACAUUGAAACCAGUACAGAAAGUAUUAGAAGACGCAGACAUGAACAAGAAAGAUGUUGAUGAAAUCGUACUUGUUGGAGGUUCAACACGUAUUCCUAAAGUGCAACAACUGGUCAAGGAAUUCUUCAACGGCAAAGAGCCAUCCAGAGGCAUAAACCCUGAUGAAGCUGUCGCUUACGGAGCUGCCGUCCAAGCCGGAGUACUAAGUGGAGAACAGGAUACUGACGCUAUCGUUCUUUUGGAUGUAAACCCUCUUACCAUGGGUAUCGAAACGGUCGGCGGCGUUAUGACCAAACUUAUCCCACGUAACACUGUCAUCCCCACCAAGAAAUCCCAGAUCUUCUCAACUGCCAGUGACAACCAGCACACCGUUACCAUCCAAGUUUACGAAGGUGAACGGCCAAUGACCAAGGACAACCAUUUGCUUGGAAAGUUCGAUUUAACUGGCAUUCCUCCCGCACCUAGAGGAAUUCCACAAAUCGAAGUCACCUUCGAAAUUGACGCAAACGGUAUCCUCCAAGUAUCCGCUGAAGAUAAGGGAACAGGAAACAGGGAAAAGAUUGUCAUUACAAACGAUCAGAACAGACUAACACCAGAAGAUAUCGAGAGAAUGAUCAAGGAUGCAGAGAAAUUCGCAGAUGAUGACAAGAAACUAAAGGAACGUGUUGAAGCUAGAAAUGAAUUGGAAAGCUACGCCUACUCGAUCAAGAACCAACUCCAAGACAAGGAAAAAUUAGGCGCUAAAGUAAGUGAAGAUGAAAAGACCAAAAUGGAGGAAGCUAUUGAUGCAGCUAUUAAAUGGUUAGAAGACAACCAAGACGUCGAUGCUGAAGAGUACAAAAAGCAAAAGAAGACAGUCGAAGAUGUAGUCCAACCAAUCAUUGCCAAGUUAUACCAAGGUCAAGGUGGAGUACCACCUCCAGGCCCAGGCGAAGACGACGAGUUCAAGGACGAGUUGUAAGAGACUGAUAACCGAGUGAUAGCCAAAUGUGAUCUCCGUCGCUGCGGGGUGUAAUCGCGCAACUCGUAUCUCAAGCGGACUCGUGUUUUAGCUCGCGUGUAUUUAUUUGUGUGCGUCGGCGGUGGUUGGACAUAUUUGCCAAAUGUACAGUCGGCACUGUUUUUGUUAGAAAUUUGUUGACUGUCUAAGCCACUCAUUGUAUGAUUGUGUGUUUUGUAAAAAAAAUAAUGCAUUUUUUAAUUUAAUAGAAUUGUGAGAUGUUCUAAUUAGUCUCGUCACGAGACUUCAGUGUUCUGUAUGUAUAAUAUUGUUUUUGAGACUGCUGAAUUGUUAGUUCUUAAUUAGCAGAUUAAUUAAUUAUGAUAGUGGUACGGAGGAGUACAUAAUAAAACAAUUUUUCUAUUAAGAA